CGCUGGUACCAUUUCCGGAAGCAGAGGACUGACUAUGGCUGGGUGAGGGUCCGGGACUCUGCACAUUCCGCAAAUAAUCACUCAUUACCUCGCCAUACCUGCGAUAUCUGACGUCUCCAACAGCAGGGGGCUAGAGAAACUUGGACCCUAACGGUCAAGCCAACUACUAACGGACCCACUUCCUUCCACGGAGAGGAAUAGCAUGUAAAAAGUUGGAUACACGGCGAGGUGAUCUGAGGGUUGCCCACUGGGGCAUGUUGGUCAUGCUAGACUGCAGCCAGAGAUCACUAGUUGAAGGAAGGAGUGUCCCGCUACAGGCUGACUGGGGCAAGCUGCACCCAGCUUGUUCAAACAAGAGGAAAUGUCCCACUCUGCCAUGUUUCUGAAAUCUGUCUGCUACUGUAGAACUUCCUUCCUCCAUGGCGACCACUGACUCAGCCCCCAUGGCAAACCAGGAAGUACUGGUAGAGGACUUGCACCCCCUGCAGAUCCACCCCGGACCCCUGGUGCCUGAGGAGCCAUUUAUUGUCCUGCAGGUCGCCAAGGAAACCACUGCCACCGACGUCAUUUGCCAACUGGUGGCGCAGUACAACCUCGCGGGAGGGGCGGAGAAUUAUGAGAUCGCAGAGGUGUGCUACACGGGGGGACAGAACUGUAAGGAGCGGCUCCUGCAGAGAGACGAGUGCCCUGCCCAAGUCCAGUUGAUCUGGCCACGCAAGAUGCCGACCAUGAGUAACAAAGAUGCCGCCAUCUACAAGUUCUGUCUGCGCGAGACGCUCCACGCGUUCUACAGCCGCUGGUCGGUGUGCUCGAGCACGGACUCCAUGAACGCCCUGAUGGCGGAGUACUUCCGCCCGCCCUCGGACAAGGACUACCCGGACCUGUGCCGCCUCCCCGACCUGAACGAGCACACACUGCUGGAUAACCUGCAGGUCAGGUUCAACCAGGGAAAGAUCUACACCUACGUGGGCUCCAUCCUCAUCGCCAUCAACCCCUUCAAGUUCUUCCCCAUCUAUAACCCCAAGUACGUCAACAUGUACCAGAACCACCGGCUGGGCGAGCUGGAGCCGCACAUCUUCGCCAUCGCGGACGCCUCGUACCACACCAUGCUGGAGAACAGAGAGAACCAGUGCAUCGUUAUAUCAGGAGAGAGCGGGUCCGGGAAGACAGAGAGCACCAACUUCUUGCUGCACCACCUCACCGCACUGAGUUAUAAAGGCCACGCCAGCGGGAUUGAACAGACCAUCCUAGGAGCUGGCCCUGUCUUGGAGGCUUUUGGGAAUGCUAAGACAGCCCAUAAUGACAACUCCAGCAGGUUUGGGAAGUUCAUCCAGCUCAACUACAAGGAGAAUGGCACAGUACAUGGGGCCACUGUGGAGAAGUAUCUACUGGAGAAGUCUAGAAUAGUGUCGCAAGCCUCCAAUGAAAGAAAUUACCAUGUUUUCUACUACCUUCUUGCUGGUGCCAACCAAACCCUUAAAGAUAGUCUGAUGCUGCAUAAGCCUGAGGAGUUUUUCUAUCUGAACCAGACCUGGGUACCCCAAGCAUGCAGCAAGCUGGAAAACAAGAGCAACUAUGAGAUGUCUGAAGGGGAAGAUCGUGUGUUUGAGUUCAACAGACUGAGACAGUCCAUGGAGAUGGUGGGCUUUUACUCAGGCACUCAAAAGAGAAUAUUUGCGGUGCUGUCUGCAGUUUUGCACCUGGGGAAUAUAGUGUUUACUAGAAUAUUCCGAGAUGGAGAGGAUGCAGUUCAAGUGAAAAAUCCAGAAGAGUUGAGCAUAGUGUCCAAGCUGCUGAAGGUGAAAGAAGAGACAUUACUGGAAGCGCUGACGUCCAGGACAACGAUAGCUCGGAGAGAAAGGAUCAUCAUUUCACACAGACAGGCUGAGGCUGUUGCUACCAGGGAUGCGUUGGCUAAGUCCCUGUACAGCGGACUGUUUGACUGGAUUGUACUGCAGCUGAACCAUGCUCUUCUGCACAAGGAGGCCAAAGGACAUCAUCAGGGUAACUGGAUAGGGGUGCUGGACAUCUUUGGGUUUGAAGACUUUGGACAACAAAACAGUUUUGAGCAGUUCUGUAUCAACUUUGCCAAUGAACACCUGCAGUAUUACUUCAACCAGCAUGUCUUCAAGCUGGAACAGGAGGAGUACCAGAAGGAGGGUAUCCAGUGGAAGAACAUAGACUUCAUAGACAACACUGGCUGUCUGUCACUCAUAGCCAAGAGACCUACAGGUUUGCUUCAUCUGUUGGACGAGGAAAGCAGGCUGCCCAAUGCCACCAGUGAAACUCUCCUGACCAAGUUCCACCAGCAACAUGAGGAUAACGGCUACUAUGAACGGCCCCAGGUCAACGAACCGUCCUUUGUCAUUGUGCACUAUGCUGGCAAGGUCAAAUAUCAAAUCCAGGACUUCAGAGAGAAGAACAUUGACUUGAUGAGGUCUGACAUUGUCUCUGUGCUGAAGAACAGCCACAUGGCCUUUGUGAGGGAAAUCAUCAGUACUGAUCCAGUGGCUGUGUUCCGCUGGGCCAUCCUUCGUGCCUUCUUCAGAAGUGUGUCCGCCUUCCGUGAUGCCGGAAAGAGGUGGAAAGCAAACCAAGGUAAACCACGCCCAGCCCCCAGGGUCAGACCCAGCUCCCGUCUCCGCUCCACACCCAGCCUGUCGGAGGCGUCUGAAGAUGAAGAAGUGCCUCCCAGUCCUCUUAGCCCUGCGAUCCCUGAAGAUGCCUUCCACUCUCCCACAAAGAAAGUCCUGACCCCUAGAAGCAGCCCUCACUCCACCCCUGACCCCGGCAGUCGUCACACCAGUACUGGCCACCCGUCCAGAAGAGAAAGUGGCACACUGUUUGAACAGGAAGGUCUGCUCUAUUCCACAACAGACCCCAAUGUUGCCAAGGUGUUACGCAGAGCUGCCAAUAUUCUCAUGAAAAACAAAUCAUUCCGUCAUGGCAGGCCCCACAAGUGCUUUCGGGACUUGCGCAGUGUGAAGACCAUAGUACGAAGGGAGGGGAAGCCAUCAUCAACGCUGAGAAAAGCGCCGGCCACUGUGAGCGCACAGUUCUCUGUGUCUCUUAGCAAGUUGAUGGAGACUCUGAACCAAGCCAAGCCUUUCUUUGUCAGAUGUAUCAAGUCUAACUCAGAUAAGGCUCCCUGCAAGUUUGACUCUCAGCUGGUGUUACGACAGUUGAGAUACACGGGGAUGUUGGAGACAGUUCGCAUCCGGCAGUCUGGCUACAGUGUUCGGCUAACAUUCCAAGAAUUUGCCCAACAGUAUGCCCUGCUUCUGAAGAGGGGUAUAGAGAGUACUAAGGAGGACAUUGCUGAGUUUCUCCACUCUAUGGAGCUGGAUGACAGACACUAUCAGAUGGGAGAGUCCAAGGUGUUCCUGCGUGAGAGUGAGCGACUGAAGCUGCAGGAGGCGCUGCAUGAGGAGGUGCUGCGGAGAAUACGAGUCAUCCAGGUGUGGAUGAGGGGCAUGCUGCAGCGCAAGAUGUACCUGAGGAUGAAGGAAUCAGUCAUCAAGAUUCAGAGGAACAUCCGAGCGUGCCUUGCCCUGAGGAGGCUGCUGGCUCAACAGCAGGAGAAGAGAGCGGCCAUUUCUAUCCAGAGUCAGUGGAGAGGUCACAGGGCACGGCGGAAAUGUGGGGAGAUGCGGCGGGAAAGACGAGCUCAGGAGCAGGCCAUGAAGGAGAUGGAAGAGGCCAAGAGGAGGGCACAAGAAGCAAUGGAAGAAGAGAAGGCUCGACAGAAAGCAGAAGCAGCAUCUGAGAUACAGACACCCACACACAUCAAUGGUUCCAUCUCUCCACAGUUACAGAGAAAACUCGAAAGUCCCAAGUAUCGGGUAUCUCCAGAAGUCCACAGACCACCCAGCCCCCUGCCCUUCUCUAUGAACCCCGUGUUGUUUGUCCGGACUGAUGCCAGCUUAAUCACCAGACGAGCAGCCCAGUCUUGCUAUGUUGGAGUGCAAACUGGCCCCUCUGCCAGUUACCACAACAUCCCAGGAUACCACAGCACAGGACACCAUCAUAGUCUUGGGUACCACAAUCCCAAACCUCAAAGUCUUAGACACCACGACUUGAGACCCCGUAAUCGUGGCUACCGCUCCUAUGGCGAUCCUGCCUUGCACAGUUAUAUACGCACACCAAAACAAUACAAACAGCAAGACAGUAGGAGACCAUACUCAAAAAGGGGUUCUGCAGAUGCUUUAAGUGCCGGUUCUGCUUUCAACGGGCAGCUAGAAAACAUACCAUUUAUUGACGAGGAUGCUUCUCCUGUUUCUGCGGAGCCUGGGGAAACUGAAGUAAAAGCUGAAGCUGAAGAAGACAAACCUCUACAGAAUGAAAGAAGGCCCUCGGCCUCGGGCAGUAGUAACUCAGGCUCUCCCAAGAGGAAGCCGCCACCUAUCAUGCCCAAACCAAGUUCCAAACAUGUGAUAUCUUCACUGGCAUCUACGGAGGAAAGUCAAGAACCCAGACCACGGUUGUCUUCCAGUGUGAAAGAUGUAGCCAAACAGUUUGAGGAGAGAAUAUCUCCCCCUGAGGAGCCCCCACUGAUGAACAGAGCCAUCCGGAAAAGUGCUUCUCUCCCAGCAACAACAGUUCUAGCAGCAGAGAUGCCUGAAGAGCCCAAAGCUGGACUCCUAGGGUCACCUUCAUCGUCCACCCCCAGACUGACCUCUCCUACCCAGACCAAGGCUGCGCUCAAACUCCACCUCUCCGAGGACAACAUCACCAACCUGGAGAGAGUCCUGUCUGAGAAGAAGGCCAAGAUCGACAGCGGGCAGUCCCCCCUGCUGGAGACCCCCACCUCCUCCCCGAGUACCAUCUCCUCAGAGAUACAGACCAUCACUAAGAAGCUGAGGAAGAAGUUUCUAGCCCCAAGGAAGAGGAAACCAUCUAACCUGACCUCAGAUGAAGAGGACAGCCUCAAGACACCAGAGUCAAUUGGAGUGGCAGUGCUGCCGCCUUUCUGUCCAACUGCUGACGAUAACGCGCCGCCACCACACCACGACUUGAAAACGACCAGCCUGAGCAAGGCUGUUGAAUGUGGUGCAUGUGGCAAGAAUGUAGUGAAGGAGGGGUCAAAGUGCAACGUCUGUAACCAAGUGUUCCACGACCGCUGCUGCAUGAAGGCCCUAACGUGUUAUCCCAGCGGGAGCAGUAAACAGAAGAAACGCUCCAAAGCAGUGGCUGAAACCGAGCGGGUCCCCACCCCUGCCACCGGGAUGAACCUGAAGGGUGCUUCACUGGAAAAUGUGCCGACCAACAUCGUCAUCAGUAAUGCCUAUGACCUCAGGCAGAUUGAUGCAUUCCUCCUGAAAAAGAUCAAUGACAUGAAUCAAGAUGACGGGAGGAGGGAUACGAUUGUGGAUGUUGUGUUUAAGAAGGCCAUGAGGGAGUAUCACAGUGACCUCAUCACCACAUAUUCUGCUGCAAUAUCAACUAACGAAGAGGUGACCCUGCGCUACAAGGACCUGAUCUCCAAGUUUGAGAAGGUACUGGAGAACGUCGUCAGUAAAGAGAAGACCAGUGCCAAAUUCCCGGUCACCCUGGGGAUCAACGCCUUCAGGGGGUUCCUGGACGAGUUUGUCAGGAACUACAACCCUGGGGAGAAGCAAGUCAAUAAGACGAGUCCUGUUCGCUACAAGAGGAGGAAAAAGGACGAUUCAUUUUCUUUCAAUGGACACAGAUACGAGACAGUCCAGUUCAACAUUGCUACGUUCUGUGAGCAGUGCUCCAAUCUCAUCAAGUCUGGGUCAAAGGGCAUGCUGUGCCAAUUGUGCAAAUUUGCCUGCCACAAGAAGUGCUACCAGAAGUCUGGACAUUUCUGUAAGGGGUUCUUAUAUAGAAAGAAUAGAAAUUCUGGCUCUGAUGAGGACCAGUACUUUGGGGCAGACAUCUCCACCCUUCUCCCAGAAGGGCGGAAGGUUCCAGUGCUUGUAGAGAAGUGCAUCAGCUUUGUGGAGAAGGAGGGAUUGUACACCGUGGGCAUCUACAGAAAAUCAGGCGCUGCAGCCAAGAUUAAACAGUUGAGGGAUGAGUGUAAUGCAGAUGUUGAGGCAGUUGACAUGGAGGCUUACCCCAUCCACGUGGUCUGUAAUGUGCUGAAACUGUUCUUCCGAGAGAUGGCUGAGCCUCUGCUGACCUACGCCCUAUAUGACGACUUUCUCAGAUGUACAGUAAAGAAGACAGCAAGGGAUAAAGAUACCAACACACCUGAGAUGACAGAAGAGGCCAGAAGUGAGACCAUCCGUGCCAUCUAUGACAUCAUCGACAGACUCCCCAAGCCGAACCACGAUACCUUUGAGAGACUGGUGUUCCACUUGGCAAGGGUUGCCUACCACGAGGACUCCAACCUGAUGACGCCCAACAGCCUGGCUAUUGUCUUCACUCCAUGUAUCCUACAGACCAACAAAGAGCUGUCACCUCUAGAAAGCAUGCAGCACAUCUCCAAAACAACAAUGUGUUUGGAGCUGGUCAUCAGUGAACAGCUGAAGAAGAUGCGUUCCACACUGACAGACAUCAACACCUUGGAGUCUGCUGAGAUUUCGGCUUGCAAACGUCUCACAACUCUGCGCAGAUCCAUGCAUAACCUACAGGCUCCACAUGCGACUAUAGAGGAGGAUGACUUGGAGGACGUGACUGAUGACAUAGACGUGGUGGAGAAUGGGGAGGUACAGAUUCAUGUGCUGGAACAGAACAUCAGAUCACUACAGGAUGAGAAGGAACAGUUGACAGCUCAGCUCCCCUGUCUGGAGCUGCGACACGGCAGCUCAGAUGAUGACAACCUGAGUUCUGAUGACCAGCUGUCACACGACUUCAGCCUCAGCGAACUGGACACCGGGAAUGAGGAAUACGCCGUGACAUUUGACCUGCCAGUGAGUCCUCCCCAAGGUCUUGUGCACUUCACCAAACUACGAUCGACGGGACCGCGGCGGCAGCGUCCAGAGCGGUACAGCAGUAAGGUAUUCCGGCGCCCAGCCCCGUCCAAACGGAGCAGCCUGGCAAGCUCACGCUCCCUCUCACGGUCGGAGGAAGAACUGAUGAUCACGUCCCCGCCAGUGUGGAGAUGGGCGCGGGAGGAGGCAGUCGGCCCCGGGGGGGAGAUGCACGUCACCGAGGGGAAAAUCUUCAUAGAAAGUGAAGCAAUUUAUGUGUAAGACUAGAUUAAAACUUGUCUUUGUUUAGCUCUUUUACAUUGAGUUACAACUCAGUGCCAUGUUCUGUUGAUGAUGUAGCUAGUUCACUACAUGUAGGAGGAGACACCACAGGCAUACAUGUAGUUCAUUUCAUUGAAUAGAGGGUCUGUUUUUGCAUAAUGUUGUGAAACAAACCUUGAAGACCUACAAUGUAGUCUUUGGUGAAGAAAGCUGCCAAAUUUAGAAAAAAUACCAAUUUUUUUUGUUGAUGUUAGCAAUAUCAUGUGUCAUACACGUACUUGUGGCUGAAAAGGCCAUUUUGAUACAUUCCAUUUCAAAACAGUUAGUUAUCACUUUAAAACAGAACCCAGUUUGGUUGACUUAUGAUUUUACGAUUGUCAUAUUAUAAUUGACCACUUUUAGUCCUGUAGGAUUGAGCCUGUUUAGAAUUUGAAGCAGGUACAAAGGUUGGAAGGUUAAGAAUGUAAAUCUUGGACAGUUACAAUAUUAAGGACUUGUGAAUUAAGUAUAGAUCACAACAUACAUGUACUUGUACAUGUACAUGACAAAUUCAGUUUGCUAGUGCAUAUGUACAACUAUUGGGAGCAUGUGCUAUUGAUUACACACUGACUGUACACCGUGCUUUAACAUUGACAUUUGUGAUUGUUACCUGAGACAAUGUAACUUGUUUCUACAUGUUAGUGUAAUAACAUGUCAGUUGCCUCUCUCAUCAAGCUACUUACUCAAGGAAAACUGCAUGUUUGUUGAGCUCAGCAUACAAAUACAUGACUGUGUAGUUUGGGAAUAAGUAUUGAUAUCCAGCAUUUUAAUUGUAUAUGAUUCUAUGGUAGAAGGAACACACAUUUAGAUGGGUUGAAGACUUGAAUUCCAGCAUCUGUUACUUCCAGUGUAACAUGGAACCUGUAAGACAGGUGUGCCAAGUAGCUGUUGAUUCUGAAGAUGAUCAAAAAUUGUUUGGUUGUUCUUGUUUAUGUUUAUGAUGUUUAUGUUCUGUUGCACUCUUUGUCUGUUCUCUUUGGUAUGAUAGAGCCUAUAGACUUAAACAACAGCACAAAGACCAGUUUGUAACAAAGAUAGUUUGGAGAAGCUUUUCUAAAUUCCUACAUUUUGAUACCUUUGGUAUGGGUAACAAUUUUUGGUCCAGGGGGUUGUACAAGGUUGUGUCCUUUCUGUGUUUUCAAGAUAUUUUUGUAUAAUUUGCUAGCUGUUAAGGCUUACCGGUAUAUUGUAGAGGAACUGUUAGAAAAAUAUAUGACUUUCAUCAUAUAGUGGAAGAUAUUGUAUGUUUAUAGAAAUUAUAAUGGCCGUGCAUGCACACGUACACCUAGGACCAGACCUUGCCACCCUUUGCAUUAGAGUGGUUCAGUCUAAUUGCCAUCCAAGAAAAUUGUAGGUGUUUGAUUUAACCUGUAGCUGUCUAAGGGUGCUGCGUGGCAUCAUGUUUAUGUUGGUAAUUGCAAAAUUUAGGUGCUAUGUGUUAAAGGAUUACUUGUUGGUCACUCAAAAGUGUACCACUCAAAUGUGAGUGAAAAAAAAUAUUGUAAAUUGUCCAGAGCUCAAUAUAGUGUAACUAAUAGUAGACAUGAGUAUAUUGCUGCCAUAUUUGGUUAAUGGUACUAUGAAUGUAUAUGACAAGUACCAUGAUAUAAUAGUGCUGUAUGGUUCAGUUGCCAGCUUUCCCACUGUCUACAAUAUUAUUAUAUAGAUUGCCUCUGAAAGAUAUACAUGUAUGUAGAGGAAAAGUAAAUGUGAUCCUUUUAUGUUGUUUGUGUAGAUGAUGCAAUGAUGACAGCUUUAUUGUCAGUACUAAAGUGCCAAGGUGAGUGUGUAUCGAGUGCAUCUUACUUAAGCUGUUGGUGCAAUCUAGUGGCAAAUCUUGGUAUUCAACUGGUCUCAAGUUCAUUCUAUGAUGUUUUUGUUAGAACUCUUGAACCAGACUGGUGUCUGUGUACUAUUCUAAGUGCCCUUUUGUACUAAGAUAUGUAAAGAAUAUGCUAAUGUAAAGAUAAAAAUGUUCUGCUAUAAGAAUGUAAUAAAAUGAUUCUUGAAUGCACAGUA